AUGAAUCAAUGGCGUCCGGGUCUCCGUCCGGAAAACAGCAGCGCCCCGCAAGAGACGCAGGGACGACGGCUGGGUGGAUUGCCGGGAACCCCCGCUCAUUCGGCAGACGGAUCGCUCAUCCGUAAAUAUCCACGGCGGCAUUCGGCAGUUUGCGGCCGUAGUCUGCAGAGCGGUGAGGCGCACUGUGCCGCAUGCGGUGGCCAAACACCCGCCGCUCCGGACGCCGAAAAGGACCGCCUUGGUGAGCGGGGCGGGAACUUGCCGCUUCGCCGCCUCGCACAGCAGCGACGAACGCGUCUUCGCAAAGUCGCGGUUGCUCGCUGGAAGGGGCGGUGCUCGCGACCGGUGCCGGGGGAGGCGGCAAGCUGCAGCCUCGCCAGGGCAGUCUGCGCCCCGCGCCCUGCCAGGUUGUCGGUUGCGGCGGCGGAUGGCCAACCCACCGCCACAAAGGAGCGCGCCGACACCUUGGCGCGAGUGUGCGCCGCCACGUCCGAUUUCCCUUUGGGGAGCUCGACGCUGCAUCGCGGGAGAUGCGUCUCCGGAGUGCGCCGGGGCCUGGCGCGCUUCGCUGCGAGGCCCUGCACCAACUGCCCCUCGCCGCCUGCAAGGAACUCGCGGCCACAUUCAACAGGAGCAACAGCGACGGUGGCGUUCCGGCUUCCCGGGAAGUGGGAGUUGUGA